UGCAGAAGAAACCGUGUUGAAGUUGGUCUCUGAGCUGCUUCUUCCUUCCUUAUUUUUAUUUUUUAUUUAUUUUCCAGCUCUUCUUUUAUAAAAAUCCUUCACACACCAAAAAAAAAAAAAAAAGAGAAUCCGUAUAAAUUCUCCAAACAGUUUCUUCCAACAAAUUUCAGGUUUUUGUUUUUGUAAAAAUCAUCACAUCACCAGCGCGGUCAUAUAUAUGGCGUCGAGUCAGUGGACAAGGUCGGAGGAUAAGAUGUUUGAGCAAGCUUUGGUUCUUUUCCCUGAAGGAUCUCCUAAUCGGUGGGAGAGAAUCGCUGAUCAGCUUCACAAAUCUGCUGGUGAAGUUAGGGAGCAUUACGAGGCUUUGGUUCACGAUGUCUUUGAGAUUGAUGCUGGUCGUGUUGAUGUCCCUGAUUACAUGGAUGACUCCGCCGCCGCCGCCGCCUCGGCUGGUUGGGACUCCGCUGGUCAGAUCUCCUUCGGCUCUAAACAUGCUGACAGUGAAAGAAAAAGAGGAACUCCUUGGACUGAGAACGAACACAAAUUGUUUCUGAUUGGAUUAAAGAGAUAUGGUAAGGGAGAUUGGAGAAGCAUCUCGAGGAACGUUGUGGUUACGAGGACGCCGACGCAAGUCGCGAGUCACGCACAGAAGUAUUUUCUGAGACAGAACUCGGUUAAGAAGGAAAGGAAAAGGUCGAGCAUACACGACAUCACGACUGUUGACACUACCUUGGCUAUGCCUGGGUCUAACAUGGACUGGACUGGACAGCACGGGAGUCCUGUUCACGCACCGCAGCAGCAACAACAGAUUAUGUCUGAGUUCGGUCAGCAAUUGACUACUCCUGGUCAUUUUGAGGAUUUCGGUUUUCGGAUGUGAAGUUAAAGGGGAAAGAAGAAAUUGUGAUGGGGUUUAGUUUUAAUAGGGGCUUUUACUCAUUUUAUGUGAAUAGGAAAGAAGAAGAACAUAGGAUUGGGUAUUUUCUUUAUACAGAUGAUCAUGAUGAUGAUGGUGAUGAAAGAAUAAAAAUUAUGUAUAGGAAUGCUUUUUGUAAACAAAAAUAUGUUCGGUAACCAUUUUGGUAUUUUGAAUCAAUGCAUAUGGUUGUUUUCUUCA